AUGUGUGGCAGUUUCCUGAGGAAGCUGCUGACUGAGGAGAGCCGGCACUCCACCCCUGUGGGGCACCUCCUGCUUCCUGUGUUCUUAGGAUUCCGCCUGGUGUUGCUGGCUGCCUGUGGUCCUGGGGUCUAUGGCGAUGAGCAGAGUGAAUUCGUGUGUAACACCCAGCAGCCAGGCUGCAAGGCUGCCUGCUAUGAUGCCUUCCACCCCCUUUCUCCACUGCGCUUCUGGGCCUUCCAGGUCUUCCUAGUGGCUGUCCCUAGUGCUCUCUACAUGGGUUUCACCCUGUAUCAUGUGAUCUGGCAUUGUGAAGAAUCAGGAAAAGGAAAAAAGGAGGAGGAGAACUUGAUCCAGGAAGGGGACAGCAGCAGAGAUGGCUCAAGGGCUGGAAGCUCCAGGUUGUUCUGGGCCUAUGUGGCACAACUGGGGGCCCGACUGGUUCUGGAGGGAGCAGCUCUGGGGCUGCAGUACCAUCUGUAUGGGUUCCAGGUGCCCAGCUCCUUUGCAUGUCGUCGAGAGCCUUGUCUUGGUAGUAUAACCUGUCAUCUGUCCCGCCCCUCUGAGAAGACCAUCUUCCUAAAGACCAUGUUUGGGGUCAGUGGGUUCUGUCUCUUACUGGCUGUUUUGGAACUUGUGCUUCUGAGUUUGGGGAGAUGGUGGAGAACCCAGAAGCACAAAUCUCCCUCUUCUAAACACUUCCUAACUUUAGAAAGCAUCAGAAGACAUAAGAAACCAACUGACAACUUUCCAGAGGUAGAGACGAAAGAGCAGAUGCAAGAAGCAGGUGAGAAGGACAUAAAUGACUCUGUUUCUGCCACUGAUGUCUCUGUCCCAGUGAUCUCCUUCUAGGGCAGGGCUCUCACCCUCCUGAGAAGUGCAACAUCCCCAUGUUUCAGAGUAGGCAGGGUACUCUGAUCACUGCUUCUAACUCAGCUUGAUGAUUCCAUCCAGUGAACCAGGACGAGGUCCAUUUUACCUCCUGAACUUCCACUUAGAUCUCUUCCCACCUGGGAAAAAUUUCAGCUUCUGCUCGAUUGUUUUCUCUGCAGAGUUAUGGAGACACCUGGCUUGCCUAUGAUUGGUCUUCUUUCCAACAUCCAGUGAGUGGGGAUUCAUG